AUGGCAUUCGACAACCAAAAUGAUGAACAUGGCCAAUUCUCGAAUACCGGCAAAGAACACACCGUCGUUCUGCCCUUUGCUCAGAACCCCAAUCCUUCAACCGAUACCACUGGAUCAUCGAGUCUCAAUCGAGAGGACACAUUUCUAGAGAAGUCGUGGAAACCGACUUUUGAUCGCAAACAUAGCUGGAGUAACGAGGACCGCAAGCACGAGAUACAAGGACGAUUGCACGGAUCGGAGAUGGGAAAGGAGAUGGGAUUUACAGAAGCGCAUACGCACAGUGGAGUUUAG